AUGGAAGAGAGAAAUGAAGUGCUGCUUCCAGGCUUUAGAUUUCAUCCAACAGAUGAAGAGCUUGUCGGUUUCUAUCUCAAGAGAAAAGUUCAGCAAAAGCCACUUGCUAUUGAGCUUAUUCGACAACUAGAUAUUUACAAGUUUGAUCCAUGGGAUCUCCCAAGUUUAGCACCAACCACUGGAGAAAAAGAAUGGUAUUUCUUCUGUCCAAGAGACCGAAAAUACAAGAACAGCUCAAGACCUAACAGAGUCACAGUCGCCGGAUUCUGGAAAGCUACAGGGACUGACCGGCCAAUUUACUCGUCGGAGGGAACAAGAUGCAUCGGUCUCAAGAAAUCGCUUGUAUUUUAUAGAGGAAGAGCAUCCAGAGGUACCAAGACUGAUUGGAUGAUGCAUGAGUAUAGACUUCCUACUAAAGUGCAGCCUUUUGAUAAGAGCAUGCAUCCGAACGAUUCAUGGGCAAUUUGUAGGAUUUUCAAGAAGAGCGCUACGAUGGCUCAAAGAGAACUGAACCACUCGAUGGCUCACUUAUUUCAUAUCACCGAGAACUCCGCCACGCUCUCCAACAUUCCAAACGCUCAAGGAACCAGACCACCCGAAUUCUUCCCCGUCCUUGAUUUCACCUCCUUUUCUCCCUCGACGCAUCUCAACUUCUCCCCCGAAGAAAUCAACGACGUCAAGAGAGCGUCGACCAACGUGAACUUUGGACGGCCAGGGGCAGACGACGCGUUGAGGGUCGAAGAAGAGGACGCGACGAUGAGAAAUGCUGGGCUGGGAGCAGCAGGUGCUGCGGAUUUUCCCUUCGAUUUGUCAUGGGAGUCUCCGUCAUGCUUCUAUGAGUUGGAUGGAGAAUAG